UAAGGCCUCCUCUCUCUCUGUCUCCUUUCAGUAGUCUCUCCCACUUUGCCUCCGGUGGUACGGCCUCUCUCAUAGUCUCACUCUCUUAAGUCUUAAUCUCUCCUCAUUUCCUCAAAUUUUUUUUUUCUCGUUUUAAGGUUUAGAUUUAGUUGUAGAGAGUCUACACUUUGGGUGGUCUAAAUUAAUCGUUUGGUCUUUUGCUGCCCUUUGCUUGCUUUAUCACUGCACAUCUUUUUUUCUGUUUCUGGUGAUUGUGCCCUUUUGAAGCUUGAGCAUGAAGUGAAGGAAGUUUGAUUAUUUGUAUUGUGACUGUAAUGAUGCUUUUUGACCAUGGAAAGAGAUCAGAUAAAAAGCAGAGUAAGAAAAAGCAACAGAAGAUGUGUCUGUGUGUGCAAUAAAUAGGGUAUUGUUGCUUGGUGAUUGUCAAUAACAGUCCUUUUGUCCAUUUUCACACAUUUCAUGGGGUACCCAGAUGUAAUGUGGUCUAAAGGGAGCUUGUCAUUUUGAGUCGGGGGGUUUUAAUAGCUUGGAGGAUUUGGGUUUUUCAGGGUUUUUGAGAAUGCCUAUGUUUCAGCCCUCAAAGAGGGAUGGGGUUGUUGGGUUUGAUGGUGGAGGAGAUGGGCAUGUUCUAGAUCUGGACACAGCUGUGAAAGAUGGGGUUUUGGGUGGUGGUGGUGUUGGUGGGGUUGUGGCAACUGGUGUUGGUGAGAAAUUGGAUCUGAGUAAGAUGAUUGAGGAGCUUGACUUGUCUGAGGUCCCUUCUGUGUUUAUUUGCCCAAUUUCUCUUGAGCCAAUGCAAGACCCCGUGACCCUUUGCACUGGGCAAACCUAUGAGAAGUCCAACAUUCUCAAGUGGUUCAAUUUGGGGCACCUCACCUGUCCAACCACAAUGCAGGAGCUUUGGGACGAUUCCGUGACCCCGAAUAGGACCCUUUACCAUCUAAUCUACACCUGGUUUUCGCAGAAGUAUCUGCUCAUGAAGAAGAAGUCAGAAGAUGUCCAGGGAAGGGCUGCAGAGCUUGUGGAGACGCUGAAGAAGGUGAAGGGUCAAGCUAGGGUGCAAGCCCUCAAGGAGUUGCAUCAAGUUGUGGGGGCUCAUGCCACUGCUAGGAAGACAUUGAUUGAUAAAGGUGGGAUUGCUGUAGUUUCGUCUCUGUUAGGUCCAUUUACUUCACAUGUUGUAGGUUCGAUAGCCAUUGCAAUUCUUGUGAAUUUGUCACUUGAUUCGGAGUCCAGAAUGAAUUUGAUGCAACCGGCAAAGAUUUCUUUGAUGGUGGACAUUUUGAACGAAGGGUCAAUUGAGACGAAAAUCAAUUGUACCCGGUUGAUCAAAAUGUUAAUGGAGGAGAAGGAUUUUCGAUCAGAAAUUGUUUCGAGCCAUAGCCUCCUGGUUGGAAUAAUGAGGCUGGUUAAAGAUAAGAGACAUACAGUUGGAGUCUUGCCAGGACUGAGCCUCCUCAGAACAAUAUGCUUGCAUGAGGAAGCAAGGGGCUUGAUAGUGAGCAUUGGAGCUGUACCGCAAUUGGUUGAAUGUUUGCCUUCUCUUGACCACGAAUGUUUAGAAUUAGCCCUUUUCGUAUUGGAUGCAUUGUCAUCUCUACCACAGGGAGUAUUAGCGUUGAAGGAUUGUUCGAAGACUAUACCGAAUAUGGUGAGGGUUCUGAUGAGAAUUUCAGAGAGUUGUACUCAAUAUGCGUUGACAAUCUUAUCAUCUAUAUGCAAACUUGCCCCUGAGGAAUGUUCGUCAAUUGCCUUGGAUGCCGGUCUAGCAGCAAAGCUCCUCCUCGUGAUCCAGAGUUGUAGUGAUCCUGUCUUGAAGCAGCAAUCCUCAGAGCUGUUGAAGCUGUGUAGUCUAAACUAUUCUGAUACAAUAUUCAUUUCCAAGUGCAAGCUUACAAGGACAAUUCAAUGACAGCGAAAUUCUACCAUGGUAUGAAGAACACCCCACCCCUUUGAUGUUUAAUAUGUGGCCGGUCACAGCAUGCAAAGAAUUUCAGAUGGACCCAAUAUCUGCAAUAGGGGUUUGAGGUACUAAUCAGCUCCCCUGUAAAUACUUCAAAGUAAUGUUUGUUCCAACAAUUGAUUCAACAUUCAUGAAGAAGAAGACUCAUGAUGUAGACUUCACACACCAUGCUGGUUGUAGUGGAAUCAAGUUAAAUUGCUGGGCCGAUGCCAAUGGGUUUCUGAAUACAUCCCCAGUAUAAAGAAGAAUGUUUAAUUAGUUGUUGGAUAAAGAUAACUUGUUAGGAGGAAAAUUUUGCUCCAAAUGCAUGGAGCUGGCAGUUGAAAUUGUAAUUGUCAAGAAAUUGCUUUGCUCCAUUCUUUUGUUUCUUUGUUCUGCAGUUCUCCUUACGGUCCUGGUAGCUCCCAGUUUUCCUGUUAGCUUUUUUUGUAGUGGGAUUUUUGCUUUUGACCCACUAACUGUAGAGAUUAUAGAGAUACCCUUUGGCCUCUGUCCCUCAAAUUAUCCUUUCUAGGUGUACAUUGAAGUUCAGCAAGUUCUUUUUCCAUUCA